UAGGAGGAACUAAGUAAGUACCUCCAAAUGUACCUACAUAAGUACAUAUAUAUGUACCUAGUCUAUGCAAGGUUCCCAUCCCCAGACCUCGGUUCAAUGGGACUGGCGCCGCGAAGCCAGACGCAGAUGGAUACCUACCUACCUAUGGUAGAUAACUCUAAAGCUACCUAGAUACCGGUAGGUCAACGUACCUUACAGCGCUCGCCAAUCCUCGUCAUGCGCAACCUUUCGUUAUCCUCUGCUAUGCAUUGAGAAAUGCGCGCUACACUUUUGUGCUUUAGCUGCCAUUCAUUCUUCAAAUCUUCACGCCUUGUACAAAGUUGACUGUUCUCCAUGGUAGCUCGUCAUGGCUUCCAAGAAGAAUGCGCUGUCAGCCGCCUCCGAGAUCUCCCUUGUACAUCUCAAGAAGUGUCUUGUGAAUCUUCCUAUAUCUCUUGUCAACCUGCUUGUCAAUGUUAAUACUCCGGCCCAAAAUGUUGUCGUCGAACUCAACUACCGCAUUGCGCCUACGUCAGAUGGCUCAGGCCAACCUAAUCCCCUCCCCAACCAACGAUCAAUUUAUGUCGGCUGGACAGGGAUGCCCAGCAAGCGCAAGCUUGUGCCUAUAGUAGAUCGUGAUGGCAUCAGCAACGGAAGGGACCGUGAGGUUUCGUCUGUCGAGCUCGAUGCCACGUUAGCCGCUACUCUGGGAUUAUCUGAGGGCCAGAAAGUUACGGCAAUUAUUCACAUUGACCCGCCCCUCGCGCAUACCGUCAACAUUGAACCUCUUACACCCGAAGAUUGGGAAAUCAUUGAGUUACACGCCACCUUUCUUGAGCUAAACAUGCUGUCCCAGAUUCGAGCUGUGCCAAACCCCACGUACACUUCAACCCCGGGCCUGCCUUCUAGCCCACACGCUUUGACGCUUCAUUUGUCGCCGACAUCAACAGCCAGAAUAAAAGUUUUGUCAAUCACGCCGGCUCCUUCAGGGGAUGUUCCAUUUGUCAAGAUUGCCCCCGAAGCCGAGAUCAUAGUAGCGCCAAAAACUCGCGCCCAACCCCCAAAGAGUAGCCGUGAAAGCCGUAGUGUGGGCGGUACAUCACGGCGCAGCGGGAAGAGUUCAACAAGCACAAUACGGAGGAGGAGCGCGCGCGAGGAGAAAAAGCCAGCGAUCUAUUUGAGGGCAGUUGACAAGAGUCUGUGCAGUGAAUGGUUCGACGACCAAUCUUUUUCAAACGAUUUAUGUGUAUGGGUUGAUAGAGACCUGUUCACAACAAAGGAUUUCCGCGGCGUCAAUUAUGUAGCCGUCAAUAUCAUCAAGCCAGCGGGGCUUCAGCCCCCUAUCGACCCCCAGCAGCAACAACAAGAAAUAGCAUACCCUGAAGCUGCAAAGUCGAGUGAGAGGGUAAUUGUGCAUUUGAGGCCUUGGGAUGAACCCCCGAGCAGUCAAACGGCUGCUCUUUCAACCCCACUGUGUGCCUCACUAGGUUGCCUGGGAAUCGUAGGGGGUAUUAUCAAAGUCGAGCCCGCUCCACAACCAUCUGUGCGUGCUACAUCAGACAAGAUAAAGAUCUUCCCAUUUGCAAGCCAGAGUGAGAAAGCCUCCGCCGCCUUGAAGUUCGGCGGAGAAACGAAAUCCGAAAAGGAAGCGGCUGGAAAACGAAUCGCUCAAAUAUAUGGAUCGCAGGGCUCUGGCGCGGGCCUUCUCAACGGACCUCUCACCGAUGGAAUGGUGUUAGGGGUAUACGAUGCGCUGGAUUGCCCCUGGGGCUGGGAAGGUGGCGUCUUGAAGUUAGAAACAUCAGGCACAAAUGCAAAUACUCCAGACUUGUUGCGAUGGCAUAUUGGGUCUGAGCGCUCUUUAUCCAUGGAUGUGCAGGCGCCAAUCCCUCGUCCAACAUGGCUUGAGCAAGGUGGUGUCGAUGAAAAUCCAUGCCCAACCUCAUCUAAUUUGGUUGGUAUUGAUUCUCUCCUGGAUGAUCUGAGGUUUCACUUACUACAUAUGUCAUCCGUCUUGUUGACCGGCGCUCUUGGGGCUGGCAAGACAGCUGUCGCACAGAAACUCGCCCAAACACUCCGCAAAGAGUAUCUGUUCCACACUACUUACUUUACAUGUCGGAAGCUCGUAAAUGAUGAGAGCAGAAUAUCUACUAUCAAGGAGACCCUCAAGCGUAUUUUCAUGGCAGCUAGUUGGGGAGCUAGGCUUGGUGGAAAGGCAAUCGUCAUCCUCGAUGACAUAGAUAAGCUAUGUCCAGUUGAGACCGAGUUACAGGUUGGAAAUGAUAACGGGCGGAGCCGUCAAAUUAGUGAGAUUAUCGGGGUUAUCGUGCGCGAAUACUGCAGUCGGAAUAGCGGAGUAGUGUUAUUGGCAACCGCUCAAGGCAAAGAGUCGGUCAAUAAUGUCGUUAUUGGCGGUCAUAUUGUCCGUGAAAUAAUCGACCUGAAAGCGCCUGACAAACAAGGGCGCAGGCGGGUCCUAGAAAUGGUUGUCAACCAGUAUGCCGUAGCGCCGGACGCCGUACAAGCAGCAUCUACUGCAGACGGUAGCCGGCCUACGACAGCUGAUGGCAGUGUUGAAGAUGGAGGUACAUGGAUGGAUGGAGGUAGUGAACCCACCCAUAACACCACUUCAUCGAACUUCAAGGGUGAUGGCUUCCUUCUGGACCCGGAUCUUGACUUUCUCGAUCUUGCUGGAGAAACGGAUGGAUAUAUGCCCGGGGAUCUCAUCCUCCUUGUUUCUCGAGCUCGAAAUGAGGCACUCAUCCGGUCUUUGGGUGAAAUAUCUUCCAAGCAAUCUCUCGAUAUCGUUCAACUUAAUCGAACAGAUUUUGAUAGUGCCUUAAAAGGAUUCACGCCGGCAUCGCUUCGCAACGUUACACUACAGACGUCGACAACCACUUUCGACUCAAUUGGCGGCCUCCAGGAGACAAGGCAGAUUUUGCUGGAGACUCUACAAUAUCCGACCAAGUACGCCCCGAUUUUCGCACAGUGCCCUCUUCGACUACGCUCUGGGCUCCUCUUAUAUGGCUAUCCUGGCUGUGGCAAGACGCUACUAGCGAGUGCAGUAGCUGGAGAGUGCGGACUCAACUUUAUUUCCGUCAAGGGCCCAGAGAUCUUGAACAAAUAUAUUGGUGCCAGUGAGAAGAGUGUACGCGAUUUAUUUGAGAGAGCCUCGGCAGCGAAGCCUUGUGUUUUAUUUUUUGACGAAUUCGACUCUAUUGCGCCUAAACGUGGACAUGAUUCUACCGGAGUUACGGACCGCGUGGUCAACCAGCUACUCACACAAAUGGAUGGUGCCGAAGGGCUAUCUGGCGUCUAUGUUCUAGCUGCUACCUCACGGCCCGAUUUAAUCGAUCCUGCUUUGUUGCGUCCUGGGCGCUUAGACAAGAGCCUGUUGUGUGACUUUCCCAACAUAGAAGAUCGCAUUGACAUUCUCCAAGCAUUAGCUAAAAAGGUCAAAAUAAACGAAGAAGUACUAGCUUCAGAAGACGCAUUAAGGGAACUAGGAAAGCGCACCGAAGGAUUUUCAGGCGCCGACCUGCAGGCACUCAUGUCUAAUGCUCAGCUUGAGGCUAUUCACGACGUCCUCAACGAGCUGGAGUCGCAGCCGCAAGAUGGCAGGCGAGGCACCGGAAAUAAGCGUGACAAGUCAGCAAGUGUUGUCCGUGCGCGCAACUUUAUCCAGUUUCGCUAUGGUGUUGAAGAGUCGUUGGCGGAAGCCGAGAACCUGGCAAAGAAAGGGAAUAGCAGGUCGGCUCAGCUCGCUGAACAUGCGGCUAUUGCUGCAAAGAUUACCGAAAUUAAAGCCGCCAGAAAGCAUGCGAAGCUGGGCGACCAAGGCGUUAGUUUUGCAAGUAAAGAUCAUGGCGACAAGCCGAAGUCUAGCAAAGACACCGAAGUGCUAAUUGGCUGGAAGCACAUGGUAAAAGCACUCGAAGGCACGCGGGCAAGCAUCAGCUCUCAAGAACGAGGCCGACUACAACGCAUCUACCAUGAGUUUGUCGUAGGACGCAGUGGUGAAAUGCGUGAUGGGCAAGGCAGCAUGGAGAUCGGUGGACGAAGCAGUCUAAUGUAGAUGCCCAUCAGACAGGCAGACUCUCCCAACAAGAUGGGUUACAGAGUCGCCGUUCUCUUGAGACUAUACAGCCCCUUCAGGUCGUGCCACAGUGAUUCAGGUUCGCACACGAGGUACAUCAAAGACAUGAGUGGAAUCUCCAGUCAAGGCUCAGGAAUAGAGAGAAGGAAAAGAAACCUGGGUAUAACACCUAAUGUUGCAUAAGCUACCUAGGUAUACAUAAAUGCAUAUCAUUUCAACAACACUUUAAAACUCUAUGACCAUCUCUAGGUACCUACAUAGCGAAUUGAUUCAAUGCCCAGC